GUCAUAGAGAGUUUCAGUGCGGUUGGGGCCUGCUCUUUGGUCCAGAGCGCCGUCGGAGUCCGCACUGAAGUGAAUGGAAAGCGCGUGAAAAGCUCGGCGCCUCCACCCCUCCUGUGUGUCCUCUUCCUUAUUUCUCUAGAAGGUCCCACGGCGGCGGCAGCAAUGCUCACGGACCCUGCACAGGGCCGUGUGGUCUUUGAGGAUGUGGCCGUCCGCUUCUCCCGGGAGGAGUGGGGGCUCCUGGAUGAGGCCCAGCGACACCUGUACCACAACGUGAUGCUGGAGAACGUGGCCCUUCUGUGCUCCGUGGGCAGUUGGCAUGGCACCCAGGGUGAGGAGGCACCUUUGGAGCAAGGAGAUUCCUUGGGAGAAUCACAGGUCAGGACUCCAAAGCCAGACCUGUCCACCCAAAAGGCCCAGCCCUGUGAGACGAAAGGCAUUUUGCAACUGGCUGAGCGUGAUGGAAUGUACCCCGAUCAGAGCCUACGCAUCUGCGGGACAGAUCUCUACCAGCAGCAUCUGGAGCAGCCGGGAAACCACGCCUCCAGAAGCCUGGGAGACCACGCCUUCAGAACGGGCUGCGUCCCCCUGGCAGAGAAGACCUUCCCGUGCAGCGAAGGUGGGGAGGGCUUCCCAGCCGGCACGGGGCUCCUGCAGCACUGGGCUCCUCACAACCGGUGGAAGCCACAGCGGGGCACCCAGUGCAGAGAGACCUUGGAAACGGGACGGAAUGAUCUCAGGUGCUCUCAGUGUGGGAAAGGCUUCAGCCGGAAACAGAUCCUCGUGCAGCACCAGAAAAUCCACACGGGAGUGAGGCCGCACGCGUGCGGCAAGUGUGGCAUGGCCUUCCUCAGGAAGUUCCACCUCGUGCAGCACCAGCGGGUCCACACUGGGGAACGGCCCUUCGAGUGCAGCGAAUGUGGCAAAUCCUUCAGGUACAAGUCCACCCUUAUGGGCCACCAGAGAGUCCACACCGAGUCAGGCCCAUCUGAGUGCAGCAAAUGUGGGAAACUCUUUAAGUACAAAGCCAACCUCGUGAAACAUCAGAGCAUUCACAAUGGAGAAUGGCCGUACGAGUGCCGAUUAUGUGGGAAGUUCUUUAAGUACAACUACAGACUCGUCAGACACGGGCGAGUUCACACUGUAGAAAGGCCCUACGAGUGCGGGGAAUGCGGGAAGUUUUUCAGGUACAGCUCGACGUUCGUGAGGCACCAGCGGGUUCACACCGCAGAAAGGCCUUACGGUUGCCGGGAAUGUGGCAAGUUCUUCCAGUACAACUCCACGCUCGUCAAACAUCAGCGAGUCCACACCGGGGAAAGGCCGUACGAGUGCAGCGAAUGUGGGAAGUUCUUCCGCUACACGUCCACGCUCCUCAGACAUCGGAGAGUUCACACUGUCGAAAGGCCUUAUGAGUGCAGCUUAUGUGGGGAAUUCUUUAGGUACAAGUCCAAGCUAGUUAAACAUUGGCAGAAUCACACCGGGGCAAGGCCGUACGAGUGCAGUGAAUGUGGGAAAGCCUUUACGUACCACUGCCGACUCCUCAGACACCAGAGAGUUCACACUGGAGAAAGGCCAUACGAGUGCAGUGAAUGUGGGAAAUUCUUCCGGUACAACUCCAGCCUCCUGAAACAUUGGAGAAAUCACACUGGAGAGAGGCCCUAUGAGUGCAGCGAGUGUGGGAAAGCCUUUAGCCACAGACACAUACUUGUUGAGCAUCAAAAAAUCCACACUGGAGAAAGGCCCUACACAUGCAGCAAAUGUCAGAAGGCCUUCGUUCGGAAGUCCCACCUUGUUCAUCACCAGAAAAUCCACAGCCAAGACAGGCCUGUGAGAAGCGUGAAGGUGAGAAAUUCUUCGGCUACAGCUCCAGCCUCAUUAAACAGAAUUCACGCCGGCAAGGAGCUCAGGAGUGCAGAGAAGACGGUAAACCUUCUGGAUACCACGCUAAACUCAUUCCCCUGGAGAAGGGACUUAUGAGUUCACACUGGAUUAGGGCCUUCAGAAUAUGGUGAAUGCGAGAACGUCUUUAAGUGCAACUCCCACCCCGUGACACAUCAGAGAUUUCACGAUGGAGAAAGACCGUGAGUGCAGUGAAUAUGGGCAUGUGCUCGGCCAAACCUCCAGCCACACUCUGGCACCAAAGGUUCAUGCCGGAGAGAGUAUAGCAAAUGGUGAAGGACUUCAGCCAAAUGUCUGCUCUAAUUUAUCCCCGGGAACUACUGUAAUGUAGUUAUUAGUCUUAAUUUUAUGUUUUCAAUUGUGGUUAAAAUACCUGUAACAAAGUUUACCCUCUAGCAUUUUAAUGGCACAGUUUAGUCAUGUUAAAAAUUCACACACACACACACACACACACACACACACACAAAAUUCACAUAUUUGUGCAACUAAUCUCCAAUAUUUUUUUUAUCUUGCAAAGCUGAAACUCCAUACUCAUGAAACAGCUCCUCCUACCCUUGUCCUACUGCGCCACAUUCUGCUUUCUGUCUCUCUGAAUUUGACUCCUCAGGAUAUUUCAUAUAAGUGGAGUCAUACAGCAUUUGUCUUUCUGUGACUGGCUGCUUUUCUGAGCAUAAUUUCCCCACGUUGAAGCAUUUGUCAGCAUUUCCUUCUAGUUUGAGAAGGAAUCAGGGUUGACCCACCUAAGACAUGGGGAAUGGCACUGCUGGAAUCAGUAGAGCUUUGCCAGAUGUUAGGAUAUUUCUACAGGAAGGGAGAUCUAGAUUUUGUAUGGACUCUUUAUUUAACAGUUUUAUUGAUACACUGACAUAAAUGGCAUUUUUUAAAAAGUGUAAAAUAUAUUUUCAUGUGUGUGUGCACAAUGGGACCAUCACCAAAGUCAUGAUAAUGAACAUAUCCAUCAGCCUAUAGUUUUCUUUCUUAAGUAUUGAUUUUUAGGGAGGAAGGAACAUUGCUUUUGUU